CCCGACCGGAACGCAGAAGAUUCAACGCGGAGAGAGAGAGAGAGAAAAGAGGAGGAGCACGGCGUGAGAUCGGAACGGAGCCGCCGUCAACGGCCGGAGAAGAAGAGGGAAGUCGGGGAGAGUGCGAGUCGGACGGCAUUCAUGGCGGAGGAGCAGACGCAGAGGCUGCGGAAUCACGGCGAGGAGAGCGUCAAGCUCUUCGUCGGUCAAGUGCCGAGGCACAUGACUGAGGCGCAGCUGCUCUCAAUGUUCAAGGAGUUCGCCGUCGUUGAUGAAGUCAACAUAAUCAAGGACAAGGCCACGCGAGCUUCUCGAGGGUGUUGUUUCUUGAUAUGCCCGUCCAGAGAAGAAGCCGACAAGGCUGUAAAUGCGUGCCACAAUAAGAAGACGCUUCCUGGGGCUUCUAGUCCAUUGCAAGUAAAGUAUGCAGAUGGCGAGUUGGAAAGACUAGAGCACAAGCUUUUUGUUGGUAUGCUACCAAAGAAUGUCUCUGAUGCUGAACUCUUAGCCUUAUUCUCACAAUUUGGAACCAUUAAAGAUUUGCAAAUUAUUAGAGGGUCUCAGCAAACUAGUAAAGGAUGUGCUUUUAUGAAAUAUGAGCAAAAGGAACAAGCUGUUGCAGCCAUAAAUGCCCUCAAUGGAAAACAUAAAAUGGAGGGCUCAAUGGUCCCUUUAGUAGUCAAAUGGGCUGAUACAGAAAAGGAAAGGCAUGCUAGGAGGGCUCAAAAAGCUCUAUUUCAACCAUCUGCACCUGAAUCUGGACAGCAUCUGUCUCCAUACGAAAAUUUACCUCUGGGUUAUAUCCCUACGUACAACGGAUAUGGUUUCCAGAGUCAUGGAGCAUAUGGAAUGAUGCAGUAUCGUUUACCACCAAUGCAGAAUCAGCAUGGUUUCCAGAAUAUGGCUCCACCUACAAAUCAAGGCAGUGCAGUACCUGGCACCCCUUCGGAUCUUUCGCCCAGACGGACUCCUCAAAACUAUGCCAUGCCACCUGCGAGUUACAUAAGAUCUCCUUACUCUGUGCCAGGUGUUCAGUAUCCUGUAACUUAUCCAGGAGGAAUUCUGAGCAGUAGACCUUUUGGUAAUUCUAUUCGGGCUAACGGCCUGUCUGCAGCAUCUUCAAGCAUCAAAUCAGGACCUGGAGGGCAAAUUGAAGGUCCACCUGGUGCCAACCUUUUUAUUUAUCAUAUUCCUCAAGAAUUUGGUGAUCAAGAGCUAGCAGAUGCAUUUCAACCAUUCGGUAGGGUCUUGAGUGCCAAGGUUUUCAUAGACAAGGCAACUGGCAUUAGCAAAUGUUUUGGAUUUGUCAGUUAUGACUCCCCGGAGGCCGCACAGGCUGCCAUAAACAGGAUGAAUGGCUACCAAUUAAGUGGUAAAAAACUGAAGGUUCAGCUUAAGAGAGACAAUAAUAAACAAACCCAACUUCAUUGACAUAUUUAUAUAUAUGAAACAAAGAGUCUGGGAAUUAUUUGCCUACAUGACCAUACACCAGAGCUACAAGGAGAGAUUAUUGGCUCAGGAGAGCCAUUCAUGCGUCUGACACGAUUAACAUCUGCGUCGCUGGCUACCGGAGGGAUUCAAGUCACGGAAACUUGUCAUUCUUGAUUUUUUUGGGGGGUGUACCAAAUACCGAUGUAAUUUAUUUCUGUAUAAUGAUAAUUUUCGUUUAGACUUUUUUUUUUCUUUGGAAAUUCUUCCAUAUAUUUAUGGACCUAUUUUGGUAUUAUGCAUCCAUUAUUGAUCAUAAG